AUGAAGAAACCGCCGGAGCAGUUGAAAAAUCGGAUAAGACAAAUAUCGUUGGAAACUUUCAAAAAGACCACCGAUCCCAGGUACAUCCCUCCCACCAGACCACCUACACCCCCACCACUACCCCCUAACCUGUCACCGCCCAUUCAAGAACGUACCAACAAUAACAACUCGAGCAACUUCAAAAGUAGAAGAGUUAACUUUCAAGAGAGCAUCAACAGAGAAAACUUCAUCCGCAACUGCAACAAAAUUAUCAACAGCAUUCGACGCAAGAUCAACAUCAACAUUUUCAACAAUUACUGCAACAAAAACAUCCAAAACAUCAACUUCAACAAAAACAACAGCAACAACAACGACUACAACAAAGACUACAACAACAAAAACAACAGCAGCAACAAAAAACUCAACAGCACAAAUUUACACAACAAAUUUGAUAAGAAGUGCAAAGACGGAGAGAUGUGGAAGAACAUGAUUGUCAGUGGUCUCGAUCCAUCCUUCAUGUUCUAUAAGGGACAAUCUUCAAAAUAUACCCACCCGCUUCAUGGUGAUGGUGCUGACGAUGACAAUGACGACGAUGAUGAAGAUGAUGACACUCAUGCCAAUAAAAAUCACUCGGAAAGGAAACCAGACAACAAGAACUUCAACGCAAAAAAUGAUCAAUUCAUCCACUCGUUCAGGGACACUUACCAACAUUUUAAAAACAUCCAACAGAGGAAAUGGAGAAGACAUUUCAAAAACGAUGCUUACGUCAAUUAUAAAAGUGCUGGUAAUGAUGGCGACGACGACGUUGAUGGUGACGACUACGACGACGACGGUGGUAGUGGUGGAAAAAAUAUUAAUUACAACAGCAACGACGAGAUAUCAAGCUACAACCAAAUUCACUCACUCAACACAUCUUCCGGCGCCAAAAAUGAACUCUUCCAUAAAAAGAUUUCCUCGUCAACGCCGACGUUGGUUAAUAAAAAACAUGACGCCAUAUUGUCUGCCAGACGCUACCAAUCGACAUACAGUCAGUAUCCAAGCAGAGAGUCCAGCACGCAGAACUCUUCAACGUUCACAAGCAAUUACGCAACCUCUAUCGCGUCGACACUUCCAGAAGACCAAACAGCAUUCGACAAUCCAAACCAUGUCCCCCCAGAACCAGCACAUAGAAAAAAGUCUGCACUCAAAGCGCCUACUUAUUUCAAUUCUACCUCGUCAACUUUCGAUGUCGUCUCUUCAAAACAAAAGAGGUCCGCUUCAAAUGCACAACAAUCUUCUUACCAAGACAUCAACGCUAUGGAUUACAAUGUUAUUUACGACGCCAGACAAGCUACACAGAUGCCAAAUAAUAAAGGCAGAUUUGAUCAGACCAGGUCUGCUUCGUCAAACAACUUUGAAGAGAACUUUACGCAGUAUCCCAGUUAUCAGAACUCAGAAAAUGCAAACGACGUGAAUGAGAUGCAGUAUCGAAGCAUUCCAUCCAGCCAGUUGAAGAUUGCAUCGGGAGCUCUCCUCAUGGGCAGAUAUUCAAACAGAAAACAGUUUCCUCUUGAUGACGUCACGUACAAUCAGGGAUCACGCAGGGUCAUCCAGUUCAUGCACAGUUUGUGGUUGGAACAAACGACGUGUGAUGUGACCAUAGUGGCCAACGGAGGGCAGAUCAUGGCUCAUCAGAAGUUAAGAAGGAACUACACAACGCAGGUAAUAAUGGCAGCGUGGAGCCCAACGCUGGCUUCCGUCUUCAAGCAGCACAGCUUGCAAUUCGAACACACGGACGAUCCGGUGACCUUCAACAUGACAGAUUAUCCGUGUGACGUUGUUGCCGACGUCAUCAAUUUCAUGUACACGACCGACAUCCACCUGGAACUCGCCAACGUCGGAAUGGUGGUGGCCGUCAGUCGAGAACUUGACCUUUCAACUCUGGUUAACGUUUGCGGAGAUUUCCUAAUCAAGACUUGCACACCUGACCAGGUGCUCCUGAAUUAUUCGGUGGCAGCCAACAACAACCUGAGGUACGCCGAGGAAGGUUUCGCUGACGUCAUCGCCAACUCGAUGAUCGAAGUAUCUGAGCAAAAAUAUUUUUGCUACCUCCCGUUCGAAAGACUGUACUCCUUUUUAACGCAUCCGAAGAUGUGUGGUCGUGAGAUUGACAUAUUCUUCGCCAUCGUAAAGUGGGUAGACUUCAACAGAUCCUCGAGGUUAAAGUACAGCAAGGACCUUCUGCCGCUGGUUCGCUUCCAACACAUGUGCAUGAACGAUCUGUCUCAAAAAGUGGAGUUCUCUGGUUGGAUAUUCACGAACAAGGAAACGAAGGACCUCCUACUCAAUGCUUACAAGUACCAUGCCAUGCUGAGCAGCGGCGUGACACCACCUGGAGACUUCAAACUGGAUAAGCCUCGCUGCGCUCCUCAUAACAAACGAAAACCUCUUUCCGCCUCACUCGGAGAGUUCGUCAACGACUACUCGACCAAACUGGAAAAGUGUAUUGUCAAUCAGGAUUGCAACAACCUACCAAACAACUGGGACAAGUUGGAAAUCAUGAAACUGAAAAGCAAUUUGGAUUUCACGUCGAAAUUCGGCAACGAUGGGGAACGGGACGAGAAUGAAACGGUUAUCAACAGUGGUUGGCUCGCUAAUGAAUCUGUCAUACAAAAUGUUUUCGCCCAGACAGCUCCGCAAGGAACAGCAGGAGAUUUGAGCCAUCACAACAACGCAUACGACAACCUUCCACACGAUCAGACGAACAACUCCAUUUACAAACAUGAUGCAACUAUUGAAAAAAAAAAAUUGGACGCGGAAGUUAGGCCUGGCUCCAACAACAACAACUUACAAAAUUCCGACAAUCAAUAUCUGCCAGUUCUCGCAGCCAGAAGCUUUCAUUACAGCAACAAAAUAAUGAGCCCGAACAUUCCGAAAGAAAUUUUUGAUAACAACAACGAGCAGCCUUUCUUGAAAUCGAGCGCACCCGCAGAAACGAGAUUAAAUGAAAGAUUAGAGUGCAAUGAGAAAAAUUUCACCGAAAAGAGUAAAAGUUGUAGUCAUACAGUUAUCCAGUUAAGCAAACCUAAUCCUUCUUUCGAUCAACGAAGUUCUUUGGAAAAAAAUCUGACAGAGCUGAAAAAUAAUUUUCAUUUGACGGACAACACGUUCAAAAGUUUUGAAAGAGCGAGAUUUGCGAAAUUGAGAAUGAAGAACCCGAUAGAACAAAAUCUUUUCAUGCCCCAAGUCACUUACUCCCCUACCGACCUGCUGGCAAACGUGCAUGGAAACAAUGCUGAUUGUUCUCAUUACAGAUGA